AACUCCUUGAAGGCGAACCGCUACAAAGUUUGACCGUGGAAAUUAGUCAGGACGGUUUGACGUAUAGCUUUAUUGCGUCUAGAAAUUUUUUUUUUUUUGGGUUGUUAUUAGUUUAGGGUUUUCGUGGUCGGACGCGUUUAUUAUUGUUGGUUUUUUCUACAUUACCGGAUUUUUUUUAUUUUGACUUUCUUUUGGAAUUGCUUCGUACAGAUUUUUACAUCGACUUACUCGAGUUUGUUUCUCUUUAAGGAACAAUAUUUCUUUUAUUUUUGUAUUUUUUUAGGGUAUUUUUUUAUUUUCUUCUUUUUUUUUUUUUGGGAUUAAUAUGGAAAAAGAAGAUUGGGCACCAGACUACUCUGACCUGCAUGGUUCCAUUCAAGAGGUAGAAACGAGUCUUAGAUUAAAAUUGAAAGACAAUGCUUCCGCUGGGGCUCCUUCAAAAAAUGAUGACUUAUACCCAACCUCCUUGGAUUGCAUUUCUGAAAUCGAACCUGGUUUGUAUAUGAGCAGCUGGAAAUGUGCUGCGGACUCAAAUGCGCGAGAAGAUAGAAGGAUUACUCACGUUGUGAGUGCUAUGAGUCUUCGUCCACAGCUUGAAGACGUGGAUGAAAAGAAUCAUCUCUGGUUUAAUGUGGAGGAUGCUAGUUCUCAAAACAUGAUCCAACUGUUUGAGGAGUUUAACAGCUUUGUCCACAACGCAAUUGCGAGGAAUGGACGUGUUCUCGUUCACUGCUUUGCCGGUUACUCUCGUUCCGCCUGUCUUGUCGCAGCUUACCUUAUGAAGCAACAUCACUGGACCACUUCCGAGACACUCCAUUUUAUCGCAGAAAGACGGCCCGGGAUUAGUCCAAACCCAGCGUUCUUGCGUCAACUGAAAGUUUUUGAAGAAUGCGAUUAUGAGCCUACACGCGAAAAGAAACCUUUUCGUUUGUGGCUUUUCAAACAGUAUGGUCAUUUUGCCAUGCUGAACACACAAACACCCUCCGACGUGGCUUACAACGAAUUGGUAGCCGCCAAGACCGGUGACAGUGAAGCACGGUGCAAAAAAUGUCGAUUUAUUUUAGCCGGCUCAAACUACAUUGUUCCUCAUGAACCGAAGACGAAGAACAGUGCCAUGAAAUGCAAUCACAUCUUUCUCGAGCCGCUUCGAUGGAUGCAGCCUGAACUGGAGAAAGGUGAGCUAGAAGGUCGCUUUCACUGUCCUAAAUGCUCUUCUAAAUUGGGCACAUACAAGUGGCAGGGUAUGCAAUGUAAUUGUCUUAGUUGGAUUUGUCCUGCAUUGAGUCUUCAACUGUCACGGGUUGACAUCGUGAAGCGUAUCGCUGUAGCUCCACGAGGAGCUACAGCGACAGGAAACAUUCUCCAAGCACUUCAGAGACGGUAAAAAAGGGGGAGGAAAAUCACGUUCUCACAUCACUUUUUCUUAUAGCAUGUUCUUGAGCUUAUAAUGCGCCAACUUUGAUCUGUAGGACUCUCGCCUCCUCUUUCAAUGAACUUCCCAAUACUAUCAGCUUUCUAUUAACAAGUGUACUCUACCUAUCGGCGUCUAUUACAGUUUAACCAUCGGAAAACACCUACUGUUUCUGAUAUACCUCAUUUCCACUAAACCACAUCCGCAAGCCAUUGAUGUCGGCCGAGCUACGAUAUUCUUGCUAACAAUUGCGAGAGAUGGAACAAUCGCUCUACGCCUGUCUCAUCAAUUAUCAGUGAUUCAGAACCACUCCCUGUGCCUACGUUGGACUACGCUGCUGACACAUAAUGCACCACCAUUCACCUAACAUAGGUAGACCCUGGAUUGAAUAGGCGAAUAUCGUACUUGGAAUUUACCUACUACGGUUCGAAAGGACAC